AUGAUGGUAGUUGCUUGGAUGAUUGGUUAUGAAAACGGUUAUUCUUGGAGUUCUGAUCCAGAAAAGCAGUUUCACUACCAUCCAACUCUUAUGAUUAUAAGCAUGUUGUUCAUCACUGGCGAAGCGCUCGUCGUUUUUCGUGUUCUCCGGAAGGAAACGAAACGUAGGACGAAACUGAUUCACGUUAUUUUGCACACCAUAACGCUCUUGUUUAUCAUGAUUUCAUUGAAAGCUGUGUGGGAUUCGCACAGAUACCAUCGUGAUAGUUUUGGAAAACUAGACCCCUUACCAAAUCUUUAUUCCCUGCAUUCAUGGAUAGGAAUUGCUUUAGUCACUAUUUACUUCGGCCAAUAUGUCACUGGGUUCGUUUCAUUUUUUUAUCCAGCGUUUAACAAUACAAUUCGAGCGAUAUUGAUGCCUUUCCAUCGCUUAAUUGGACAUUUCAUUUUUCUGUUCGUUGGAUUAACAAUUCUCAUGGGCAUUACCGAAUUUUCGGCUUGGCAUCACAAGUGUUGGACUGAUGAUAAGACUUUCUGUGCUGAGCAAGGAUUGGCAAAUUGUAUUGGAAUUGUUACAUUGCUCUAUAUUGGAUUAAUUCUUCUUAUUGCUAUGAAUCCAAGGUGGCAACGAAAGGAACUUCCGGAAGAAGGUUUACUUCAAGAUACUGAGAACAGUGACUACUAG